GUUUCGAGUGGCCGCUUGACUCGUACAGGAGGGUCUUUUAACCGUCCAUUCCGCGUUAAGUGGCAGUCGUACCUACGGAGGGGCUCGGUCGUAACAGAAAAGGAUGGCGAGCCGUGUGCGUGCUUUACAGCCCUACACUGACCAGUCCGAGUCAGUAUUCACCGCGAUUGGUCUCUACUCUGUUGUCGAUGCUUUGCUAUUCCCGUCUUAAGUCGAAACUAAUCGAGCCCGGCGGUGCUGUCGCGUGUUUCCACUGACGACGAUCCGUUAUUUUCGUCUCGGUCGGGCCGAGCGUCUCUCGCUCUCGUCGCGGUUGUGCCCGCGGGCGGCCUUUGUAUCUUUCCUUUUCUCCUUCGUCGAAUCGCUUUCGGCUUUCACCGACGAAUGCUCCACGAAAACGACGGAACAAUGUCGUAACACUAUCAGCGCCGGAGACGACGGACGGUGUUUUGAACGUUCUUCUCGACCAGCUAAAUCGGAUCGGGAACGGCCGAUAUACAGUAAUAAAAAAAAGUGUGUAUAUAUAUAUACCGUGUCGAGAUGCAAACGCGUGUGCAAGCCUGUGCUCGUUCCUCGUGCGAUAUACAAUAAGGACGCGGAAGAAAGUUUGAUAAAUGUACGAGUCGACACGUUUCGCGAGAAUUAGAGUCUGAACGACGCGGUUACAAAAUAUUUAAGCGAGGAGAAGAAGAGCCGGACCGCCGUGGAACGCGAGGUUGAAAAAGAAACGAUCAAAGAAAGCGUUAAGAAGAUAAUCGUUGUGCAUAAGAAGAGCCGCCGCGGUACGAGGGAAGCAUAGGAGGAGAAAAGGAACACGGGAGAGAGAGAGAGAGAGAGAGAGAGAAAGAGAGAGAGAGCAGGAAAGCGAAAGAGAGAGAGAGAGAGAAGGGGAAGGAGUAAAAUAUCUACGUGUACGCGCGUAGAUCGGUGAAACCGGAGGGAAAUUCGCGCGCGCGAGAUUCGACGAUUCUGCCGCCUAGGAGAACAGCCGAGCGGCCGAUGUUCGUUCGGUUCGAGCGCGUGAGAAAAUUGGUUGGAGCGUAUGCAGUGGCUGGCACGGAUACAGACAUUAAACCUAUCAACUCUGUUCGCUGUUGACAGCCGGCGCGGAGUUUGCUGUUAUGCAAUCGAAAUGCUGGCAAAAUUCGGUGAAAGAAUAGCGGCACGUUUAACGUUGGAAAACGACGAGAGGCGAUAGACGCGCGGUGGAACGAGCCGACGAAAGAGUAUAUAAUUCUUAACGCGCGAAUAGACGACACUGGACGGAGCCGGACGAAGUUGGCAGUAACAGGAUCGAGUUGCGUCGCGCGUACAAACCGAGCUCUGUGUCUCGGUUGUACCAGAUUCGAGUGCGGUCGAUCUCGUGAAUUGUUCCACGUCGAAAAAAAAUAGUGCCCGAUAUCUUGACGAAUUUAUAAGGAGAUAAUGUUAUCUUGAGCAUUCGAGGAGCACCAUCGAAAUCGGUGGGACUGAUUCGGCUCGGGCACGGUGUUCGUCGAGGGAGAUGAAGCUGCCGUCGGCGCUCACGAUCUACCAUGGGGGACAACGACCGUCGUCGUGUUACGAGAAGUCGUGUCAGCUUUGCGAUUCGCUACACUAUGCAUCGACAACAGAGGCUUCGAUCGCCAUCGUCGUCUCCUUCGUCGCAAUCUUUGCCGCGUUUCUCAACGUCCCGGUCAUCCGUCGCGAGCGUGCUGCUGGCACCAGCGGCGACGUCGACGGCGACGUCCGCGCCAACGCCGACGCCGACGUCGACAACACCAGCGCUAACGGCGACAUCUGCACCGGCGCCGAUAAUACCGAUCGUACCGACGCCGACGAAACCGAUCGCGACCACCACCGGCCGUCCGACGUCGUCCAUCGUUCUGCCGGCGUCGUCGACGUGGUCCCCGUCGAAACUGUCGCCGUACGUCUGGAACGUGCAGCAGACGUCGUCCUGCUCCAGCCUAGCCUUGCUGUCGAACGAAUCGUCGACGACGUCGUCGUCGUCACCGUCGACGUUAUCGCUACCGGUACCUUGCCCGAGACUCGUCUCCGUUCUGGCAUGGUCGAUGACGUUGCUCCUCGUCACGUCGUGCAUCGGCUUAACGGACGCCGGGAUCCUGAACGGGCAUCCGUUGGGUAAACGAUCCUUCAUCGACAUCCAAUGCAAGGGUAUAUACGACAAAAGCAUAUUCGCCCGACUGGAUCGUAUCUGCGAGGAUUGCUACAAUCUGUUCCGUGAGCCGCAGCUACACCAAUUGUGCAGGAAAAACUGCUUCACGUCAGACUACUUCAAAGGAUGCAUAGACGUGCUGUUGCUGCACGACGAAGUAGAGAAAAUCCAAACGUGGAUCAAGCAACUUCACGGAGCGGAACCCGGGGUUUAGGCAAAAUUGCUUCGGUACACAAUACUUUCCAAGUUGUAUUCAAGCGUUGCUGCUCGAGGACGAGAUGGAAAAGUUCCUGGAGAUGGC